GUGAAAAUCAUACCAGGGGCAGCAACCUUGUGGUAAGACUUUCUUGGUACAACCUGAAUUGAUUUAUCUAAACCGUAAUACAGAAAUUUGAUAAGAAGGAUGGCGCACAAUUUCUUGGACUUGCUAUUUCAGACGGGGUACAUGGAGAUGGCGGCUGUUGGCACCACGGCUGUUGUUGGUGCUUUAGGUACCAAAUACCUGUACAGGACUUACAAGCUGGCUCAAACCAAGGAAAAAAUCAGGCGCAGACAACUCAAGUCAAGGGAAACAAUCCAUCACGUCCAACGAUUGGUAGAUAGCAAGAAGGUGAAGACGGACAUUGUCCAUCUGCCUUUCUCGGAACUGCAGAAAAGAUUACAAGCAGGUGACCUGAAACCAUCGGAGGUACUGUUGGCCUUUCAGGCUAAGGCCUUACAAGCUCACGCUGAGUUAAACUGUGUCACGGAGUUUAUCAUCACAGCACAGGAAAGGGCGGCAACUCUAGACUCCGUGCCCCCCAACGAAAGAGGACCAUUACAUGGAAUACCCAUCAGCCUUAAAGAGGCAAUAGGAGUGGCGGGCAGUGACUGUAACACCGGCUGCUCCUACUUCAUUGACGACAUGUACACGGAGGACAGCGUCAUUGUUCAGAUGCUGGUUGCUCUCGGCGCUGUUCCGUUUUGUCGCACCAACCUCUCCCAGGCUCAGAUGAGCAUCUCCUGUUACAACCCUAUCUACGGGACCACCUACAACCCGCACCAGAAACAUCGCACCAGCGGGGGGUCCUCGGGUGGAGAGGGCGCCCUGAUUGGCGCAGGGGGCUCCAUCCUGGGCGUCGGCUGUGACAUGGGCGGCAGCAACAGGAUCCCGGCCCACCUCUGUGGGAUCGUGGGGGUCAAGCCCACAGCAAAACGUAUCUCGGGUCACGGAUGCUUCUCAUAUGGACAACACAUCACUACUAUCGCUGAAAUGUACGGGCCCAUGGGCCGGGAUGUCGAUGCUGUGCUAGCCUUCAUGAGGGCCAUGUUGAGCCCUAAAGUCUGCACCUUUGACCCUUUGUUGGCUCCUGUUCUCUGGAGAGAGGAGCUGUACGCAUCCAAAAAGCCAAUGAGAAUCGGCUAUUACGUCAGUGAUGGCUGUGUAGAACCUGUACCUGCCGUGUGUCGGGCAGUCGAGCUAGCUAAACAAACCCUGGCUAACCUAGGGCACACGAUUGUGGAGUUCUCCCCCUUUGAUGUUGAAUACGCCUUCGAGAAGCUGUUUCUUGGUGUGGUGCUUGGUGACGACGGAAAAAUGGCCAAAGAUAUUCUAGUCAAUGACUUACAAGACCCUAGUGUUCAAGAACUAAUAACUUUAUACAACAAGCCAGUUUGGUUUAGGAAACUGCUCAGCAAGCUGUGUUUUUUCCUUCAUCCAAUAGAAAAGGCAUUAGUCCGGGCACAAGCACCAAGAUCAAUCUGUGAUUGGUGGAAUAAAAAUGAAGAUGUAGAGAAAUAUACCAGACAGUUUAUUGCCCAGUGGAAGAAGCUGCAGCUGGAUGCUCUGAUAUGUCCAGCUUUUCCAUGUGCUGCCUGGCCAGCUGAUCAGGAGGGAUCAUGUAUUGUGGGAGUCACAUACACAACUGUCUACAACAUCAUGGGCUUCCCCUGUGGUGUUGUCCCAGCGACCCAGGUCACACAACAAGAUGUGGUCAACAUGAAAAGUUACCCCGCCAGAAACUCGGCAGAGAAGCACAUUCAGGAGAUAAGCAAAGGCUCUGAAGGUUUGCCUAUAGGUGUUCAAUGUGUGGCUCUUCCUUACAUGGACGAGGUCUUGAUCAAACUGAUGAAAGAACUGGAGACUGGCUUGAAUAAGUAGACGCUCAGUGUGACACUUCCUUACACUUACAUGGACAUGAAUAAGUAGGCACACAGUGGGGAACUUCCGUACACUUAUAUAGACAUGAACAAGUAGACACUCAGUAGGUGACAAUGUGUGGCACUUCCUUACACUUACAUAGACAUUAAUAAGUAGACACCGAUCCACGUCCCUACAGUUUCUGUACAUUUUUCUUGUAACAUAUUUUAUCUUUUGAUUUUUACUAAAUUUUGUAAAUAAAAUUUCUUUAAAAGUCAAAAUAAUGAUUCACUUAUCCAGUUCAAACUGAUGCUAAGUAUGUUAUGUUAAAUAAAAAAUAUUUGAAAUUCAGUCACUGUAAAUUAUUUUAAUAUAUUUAAUAAUUUGAAAUAAAGUUCUGAUGAAAGACAACUUAAUUUUUUAAAAUGCAUUUAACAACAAACUAAUACUCAUUUUUCUUACAUUGGACAA